AUGUUGAACUUUGACAUUAAAACAGCCCAAGAGAACAGGCUUCUCCAGUUGCAUGAACUUGAAGAGAUCAGACUCAAUGCCUUUGAGAGUGCAAGGAUAUACAAGGAAAAGACCAAGAUCUUGCAUGAUCGGAAAAUUCUCAAGACGGAGUUUAAGGUGGGAGACCUGGUUCUUUUGUUUAACUCAAGGCUCAAGCUAUUUCUUGGUAAGUUAAGGUCAAGAUGGUCAGGACCAUUCAGAGUUUUACAGGUAAGAAGCUAUGGAGCAUUGGUCUUGGAGGAAAAAGAUGGAAAGGGUUUUGUUGUGAAUGGUCAAAGGGUCAAGCAUUACCUUGUUUCUGAGAAGAGAGAGGAGGCUUCUACAAAUCCUCUUGAUGAUCCACCAGCCUGUUAA